AUGAGUUUGACGGCCUACAGCGACCAGUCCUCCGGAAAGCGCUCCAAAAACAAAAGAUUUGGAAACAGCGGUGACCGCAAUCCAGCGAAAGGGGAGGUGCAUGCAUUACUGGUGGCUGGCGAUAAAGGAUGGUACAAUUAUCGUCAUCAGGCCGAUGUUGCCCACGCAUACCACGUCCUGCUAGAUCACGGAGUUCCGGCAAAGAACAUCAUCGUAAUGAUGUACGACGAUAUUGCCACACAUGAUGAAAAUCCAUAUAAAGGAAAAAUCUUCAACAGUCCCAACGGUCCCGACGUUUACGCUGGAUUGAAAAUCGACUACAACGGUGAUUCCGUCACUCCAGAAAACUUUCUAGCCGUUCUCAGAGGAGACAGAGAUGCUGUGAAGGGCGGAAAUGGUCGUGUGAUUGAAAGCAACGAGAAUGAUCGACUUUUCGUGUUUUAUGCCGAUCAUGGGGCUACAGGUCUCGUCGCUUUCCCGACUGAUAUACUUACGGCAAAGCAACUGCACGACACCUUAAAAGAUAUGCACGGUAAUCACAAGUACGGCCAACUGGUAUUUUAUCUAGAGGCUUGUGAAGGUGGUUCAAUGUUCAGAGGAAUCUUAGAAGACGAUAUUGAUGUAUACGCUGUUACUUCGGCUAAUUAUAAUGAAUUCGCAUAUGGUACAUAUUGCGAGAACGACUUAAUACCAUGUUUCGGAGAUGAGUUUUCUGUGAACUGGAUGGAAGAUUCUGACAGGCAGGACAUCAAUUUGGAAACGUUGGGCGAGCAGUUCGAAUUGGUGAAAGGACUCACAACUCACUCACAUGUGCGUCGUUACGGUAAUGUGAGCAUAGGCGAUGAACCACAGGACAUCAAUUUGGAAACGUUGGGCGAGCAGUUCGAAUUGGUGAAAGGACUCACAACUCACUCACAUGUGCGUCGUUACGGUAAUGUGAGCAUAGGCGAUGAACCAGUGGGCUGGUUCCAAGGUUUUCGCAAAAACAUGCUGAGGACAAGCGAAAGCAGUACCAAGUUGAACAAGCCUCGUCACCGUAGUAUGUCAUGGCCAUCAAGAGACGUCAAACUCAUGCACCUCCAGAAGAUGAAACUACUGGGCGUUCAAUCAGCCACAGUAAAUCACGAAAUCAAUCGGAUUCAGGAGUCGUACUCUUUUAGACGCCAACUACUUGAAGAGAAAACCAGCGUCAGAAAUCUUGACUGUCAUGACGACGUCGUACGAGCGUUCGAUUCGAUUUGCAUUGAUAUUAACAAGCACGACUAUGCGCUCAUGUACAUGUAUGUGCUGAACAACCUCUGUAUCAAAUUCAACGACUCUGCGAAAAUCAUCAAAGCAAUGCGUACAAUCUGCUCAGAAACUCGUGAUCACUUCUUCUAA